GCAUCAUAAUUAAUUUUUCAGAAAAACAUCACAGUUUAGAAUCCGGAGCUCCAUCUUGGAAGCUGAAACGUCCCCAGUCCCUUUUACCAGAGUAUUUGUCAUCAUUAUAUCUCAAAGACAGAAAUUAUACUCUUUUCACCAUGGCGGCCAGCAAAGAGAAGAUAAGCCUGAAGCUUCUGAUCGACAAGCAGCAGUCUCGAGUGGUGUUCGCUGAAUCCGACAAGGACUUUCUGGACAUCCUGCUAAGUUUUCUGACAAUGCCGACGGGCACCGUCAUCAGGCUCCUCGGACAAGACUCGUUGGCGCUGGGAUGCAUUACCAAUGUAUACAAGAGCGUUGAGGGUCUCGACAGCCAGGUCUUUGAGACCGAGGCCUGCAAGUCAAUGCUGCUUAAUCCUCUGAAUGCGGCGGGACUCCGCUGCGAGAACUUAGCAGUUAACGUUGACGAUAAGAUUAACCCAAGAACGUUCUUCACGUGUCCGGAAUCAGAUUGCUGCUCCAAAGCCACCUGUUAUUAUAGCUCUGUUCCUAACGUCCGGUGUUCCUGCGGAAAGGAAAUGAGCUACGCUGGAACAUGGGAAAAGAGAGACAUGAACGCAGCUGGAGACGGGGUUUUCGUCAGGGGAGAUCUUAAGUUUAUUAUUAGUGAUGAGCUACGGGUAAUGCCGGCUUCUACAGCGGUUAUUUUAUCUUUGUUCAGCAAGCACGGGAUAACAGAUGGCAGAGUACUAGAGGAGAGAAUUGUGGAUAUUGGCCGUGAUGAGGUCUUAAAUUUGCUGCGAAGAACGUUGAUUUCCAAUACACCCCUGACUGACUUGUUCUUUAAAAUAUCUUCCAUGAAGGAGGGAGACGUGCCAAAGUUUCUACUGGUCCCUAAAUGUGAAGGCCAUGAAAAUUCGGACUGUGAAGAAAUGAAGGUAAAACUGCUACGGACAAAAUAUACAGGUAGGUUUGUUUACAUGGAGUGUGAUGAAAAGGUAGUAGAACUCCUGUUCAGUUUCCUCAUCUUACCCGUUGGGGCCGUAAUUAAAUUUCUAGGCGAGAAUUCAUCAAUGGGGUGUUUUGAUAACUUGUAUGAAAGCAUCGAGACUUUGUGCUCACGAGAAAAUGUUUGCAUCAAGUCCGAUGAGCACAAGGCCAUGCUAUUAUCUCCUAAGCUGGCUCCAUUUUUCGCUGCCAAAAUGCAGAUCCUAAAGAUUGAGGAAACGGUGUCACGUGCCCGUGCAACAAAAGCAGGAUGCUACUCAUGCUUUAGAAAAAACACUAAUUGUCCACACAAGGUGAAUAUCGCUACAUGUAAGGAAUUGAACCCGAAAUUCCCAAACAAAAUGAGUGAAUCAGGGGGAGGAUAUGCAAAGGGACAGUGUAAGUUCAUGGUUACUGAUGACUUGGAUGUAUCUCUAUUUUCUCCGCUUGCCGCAGUUCACAUGAUGAAAGAUCUCGGUGUUUCUAUCGGUAAUCUCAAAGAGGAGGAGGUCGGCAUCGGAGAGACGCAGGCUUUAAAUCUGUUGAAAGCUGCGUUGUGCUCUGAAACUGCACUGACUAAGGUUUUCUCCAGCAAUAAGCGAAGGCGUGCUAGUUAGAUUAGUCUUAAUACUUGUUUAGAACAGACAGGAAUGAGCCUGAGUGCUCUUGCGUAAUGUGAUGUCUAGCGCGAAAGUUUGCUACUUAUCCUUGCGUGUCUAAUAUGAUGAAGUUAAUUCAUAACACUGGUGGUAAGCAGCUGGAUGUUUUACAUUAUUGUAGCUGCGAUUUUGUAUUUAAAAAAUCUAUGUUCCUCUUGCAAUGCUAAUUGCUGUGUUCUAGUGAA